CGCGGCCCAGCGCGCCCCCGACCCCCGCCGCCGCCGCCGCCAUGGCCCGGCCGCUGGUGCCCAGCUCGCAGAAGGCGCUGCUGCUCGAGCUCAAGGGGCUGCAGGAGGAGCCGGUGGAGGGCUUCCGUGUGACUCUGGUGGACGAGGGUGACCUGUACAACUGGGAGGUGGCCAUCUUCGGGCCCCCCAACACCUACUACGAGGGCGGCUACUUUAAGGCACGCCUCAAGUUCCCCAUCGACUAUCCGUACUCCCCACCGGCUUUCCGGUUCCUGACCAAGAUGUGGCACCCCAACAUCUAUGAGACAGGUGAUGUAUGCAUCUCCAUCCUCCACCCCCCGGUUGAUGACCCUCAGAGCGGGGAGCUGCCUUCAGAGCGGUGGAACCCCACCCAGAAUGUCAGGACCAUCCUGCUGAGCGUCAUCUCGCUCCUCAACGAACCUAACACCUUCUCACCGGCCAACGUGGAUGCCUCUGUGAUGUACAGGAAGUGGAAAGAGAGCAAAGGCAAGGACCGGGAGUACACAGACAUCAUCAGACUCCCCGUGGGCCCCCUCACAUGCACCCGCGUGAGGGAGGCUGUGAUGCGUGCUUCUGCCUGCCCGCCCCCCGCCCUCCCCGCCAAGCCGCGUUCCCACGUGCUCUGCCUGCGGGAAGCAGGUCUUGGGGACCAAGGUGGACGCGGAGCGGGACGGCGUGAAGGUGCCCACCACACUGGCCGAGUACUGUGUGAAGACCAAGGCCCCAGCGCCCGACGAGGGCUCAGACCUCUUCUACGAUGACUACUACGAGGACGGGGAGCCCGAGGCCGAGGCCGACAGCUGCUUCGGGGACGACGAGGACGACUCCGGCAACGAGGAGUCCUGACACCGCGACCCUGAGAAUAAACUUACAGAUCUUACCUCAGCAGGCCCGGACUGUGUGGUGCCGAGACUGCCUCGCGGGAGGGGUGCUGCCUGGCCCCUUGGGUGGUCUCCUCUCGGGUGUCGCCCUCCUUUCCUGCGUGUGUCCUGGGUCCUCUGCUUCUGAGGGGAGGGCAGCCUGCCUCGUCCUCCCUCGGAGCCCACCAGGUGGGGCGGGCCUGGGCGGCAGGGGCCUGAGGGACCCGGACCCCGCCUGUCCGCGGCUCCUGCUGGCUGGAGCCGGAGACUUGGGCUCCCAGCUCGUGUGUGGACGGAUUCACUUGUGGUCACCUCUUCUCUCUGCUUUGGUUUGUUUGGAAUCUAAAUAAAAUGACUUUAUGAGAAGCUA